UAAAAAAAAAUCUGUGCUUCUAAUCAAUACACAUUGGAAGUAAUCCACGUGUAAUUGUAAUGAGUUAUUUGAACUCCAACCUCCUAACUCUCAAAUGACUCCAAGGUUCAGAUCAGUCAGCGCACAGCCACAGACAGAAGCAGACCUUUUGUACCACUUCGUAAGAUCAGCAGCUGAAAGAUGGGAGACUGGGGUUUCUUGUCGAGCUUACUGGACAAAGUCCAAUCUCACUCCACCGUCAUUGGCAAGAUCUGGAUGACGGUCCUUUUCUUGUUCCGGAUCAUGGUUCUGGGCGCCGGCGCCGAGAGCGUGUGGGGCGACGAGCAGUCCGACUUCAUCUGCAACACCAAGCAACCCGGUUGCGAGAACGUCUGCUACGACUGGACCUUCCCUAUCUCGCACAUCCGUUUCUGGGUUCUCCAGAUCAUCUUCGUGUCCACGCCGACGUUGGUCUACCUGGGCCACGCCAUGCAUGUCAUUCACCAGGAGAACAAGAUGCGGCAGAAGAUCGCUAGCCCCGGCGGGACUCUCUAUACAAAGUCGCCAAAGUACACUGACGACAAAGGCAACGUGACCAUCAAGGGGAACCUUCUGGGGAGCUACCUCACCCAGUUGGUCUUCAAGAUCAUCAUCGAAGCCGCCUUCAUCGUGGGUCAAUACUACUUGUACGGUUUCGUCAUGGUGCCCAUGUUCCCCUGCUCCAGAACCCCCUGCCCGUUUACCGUCCAGUGCUUUAUGUCGCGCCCCACCGAGAAGACCAUCUUCAUCAUCUUCAUGCUAGCCGUAGCUUGCGUGUCGCUGGUGCUCAAUGUCAUCGAGGUCUUCUACCUGGUGUGCACCCGCUGCAAAGCCGGGUCUAAACGGUCGAAAGGGAGGUCGGGGGUGAACUCGGCGGAGAACCCGGUCGAGCUUAGGUGGCCAACUAAUGAAGACACGCUGAAGCAGAACAAGAAGAACCUGGAUAAGGAGAUGGAGCGCAGUCAGAGCUUAGGGGGAAGUCUGGAUGGAGCCAAGGAGGAGAAGCGACUACUCUAGAGUUUGUUUUGUUAUUGUUUGCUUUUCAAAAUGUAAAAAAAUAAAUUAAUUUAAAAAAUCAUGAGUAGAAAGGUCGGGUUUGUGCAAAAGAGCCUUCAGAUACAAAUGACCUGACUUUCAGCCUACUAUUGACGGGAACAGACGUCCAAUCCAUUUUGACUGGGAGUGGGUAAUUGAAAGUACUCUAGUCGAAAUAGAUUGGACGUCUAUUGCAGUCAAUGGCACUGAACCAAAGUAAAUCAAGCGGCAUUUUUGUGUAUUUAUAGUUGUUUUGAUUCUGUUGUUAUUUGAAAUGUGUAAUGAUAAUUAUGAUUAUGAUAUUAUUUCUUGUCUAUUUUUCCCAGUUCGUUGUUUAUGCACUGUAUGUUUUUAGCAAAAUCAUUAAAUGUUU